AUGGUUGCGAAUGAGUGUGAUGAAAGAGGAAAAGAGAGUGCAGGGAGAAAGGGGGAAAAGAGCGAUGACAGUGGAGAAGAGAGGAGGGAGGAGAGUAAUGGGAAGCGAGGGGUUAAGGGAGAGAAAGAGAAAAGUCCUCCCAGGGUGUCGGAGCGAGUGGCCCACCGGCAGAGCGUCCGUCUGGGUCGCACCAUGAAGCUGCCCUGCCCCGUGGAGGGAGACCCCCCGCCGCUCAUCAUGUGGACCAAAGAUGGCCGCAACAUCCACAGCGGCUGGACGCGCUUCAGAGUGCUGCAGCACGGUCUGCGGAUCAAAGAGGUGGAGCCUGAAGACGCAGGGACCUACAUCUGCAAGGCCACCAACGGGUUCGGCAGCGUGAACAUCAACUACACCCUCAUCGUUAUAGAUGACUCCAGUUCCAGAGAUGGAGCGGCGGAGGCCAAUGGCGACCCUGAACACGCCCCGGAGCUGGCUGGAAAACUGGUGCGUCCACGUUUCACACAGCCGUCAAAGAUGAGGAAGCGGGUCAUCGCUCGUCCUGUGGGCAGCUCAGUGCGUCUGAAGUGCGCAGCGAGCGGGACCCCUCGCCCCGACAUCGUGUGGCUGAAGGACAGCCAGCCUCUGGUGGACGAGGACGCUGGAGCAGGAGGAGAAGGGAAGAAGAAGAAGUGGACUCUGAGUCUGAAGAACCUGAUGCCCAAGCACAGCGGGAAGUACACCUGCCACGUGUCCAACAAGGCGGGAGAGAUCAACGCCACCUACAAAGUGGAAGUCAUACAACGUACCAACUCUAAACCCAUUCUGACUGGCACUCACCCGGUCAACACCACCGUGGACUACGGAGGAACCGCCUCCUUCCAGUGUAAAGUCCGCAGCGACGUCAAGCCUGUCAUUCAGUGGCUGAAAAGAGUCGAACCCGGUGACGAGAACAAAUUCAACUCCACCAUCGAGGUUGGAGACCACCGCUUCGUGGUCCUGCCCACAGGGGAGGUGUGGUCCCGCCCUGACGGAUCGUACCUCAACAAGCUGCUGAUCGCCAGAGCCAAGGAGGAGGACGCCGGCAUGUACAUCUGCCUGGGAGCCAACACCAUGGGCUACAGCUUCAGGAGCGCCUACCUCACCGUGCUGCCAGAUCUGAAGCCCCAAAACAACGCUGUCCCCACAGCAUCUUCCCCGAGCCUCCCCUGGCCCGUCAUUAUUGGAAUCCCAGCCGGUGUCGCCUUCAUCUUAGGCACCGCCCUCCUCUGGUUCUGCCAAUCCAAACGUACCUGCUCUUCUAAUUCCUCUUCAUCCUCCUCUGCACUUCCCACCGCCCAGCGUCUUCCGGCCCCUAAUCGAGACCGAGCCUGUCCUGCGGUAACUCCUCAACCGGCCAAUGGGGAUAAAGAUUGUCUUUCAUACGAGGACUACAUCGCCCACCAGCAGCUGCUCCUCGCUCAGGGAGGCGCUGGAUUGGCCCCCAAGGUCUAUCCGAAGAUCUACACGGAUAUACACACACACACACAUUCACACGUGGACGGGAAAGUGCACCAGCACCAGCACAUCCACUACCAGUGUUAGCACGCUCUCACACCAGCUCUCACACGAACAUGUCCCUGAGCAUGCAGACUCCUUCAGUCCAGACUCACUGCUGGAAAGCCACAUGCAGGACACCAUGAGGACUUUUAUACAGAAACAUGGAGUCACGCAACUCUUCCCCAUCAUGCUGCAGCCACGGUAAUGUGUACACAGACUUUUAACAGACACAAACAAUGAAGAAUGUAAAGAAAGAAGACAAAGAUCCUUAUUUUUUAAGAAAUCCAGUGUAAUGUAUGAAAGAAAAAUCCCAAAACAUGUUUAUCAAAGCUUAUUUUUAAAUAAUCUUUUUUGCUGUAGAUUUAUAUAUCUUCCUUUUUUGCUUUAUUUGAAGCAACUUCAAGUUUUUUUUAGUAUUGGACACAACCACAACCUCCUCAGUAACAGCAGAAAUAGCUCGCCUACAUCUACUAAUGUACUAUAUAGUGGAAUAUGGCAUUUAGCAUGGUUCCUCAUCCUGGGUAAUAUAUAAAGAACAAUAUAGCAUGUGCCUAAUGUAAUAGCUUCAUUUAAGAGUAUAUCCUCUGGCAUCAGCCAAACUGAGCCAUAAACACCUCCAGCUGUAUCCACACCUUCUGCAGGAUGAAAGCCGCUCUCCUUAGUUGAGAUACGUUUAACCUUUGUAGCAAACAGUACUCAAAGAUCAUCAACAAUGCCUUGGUGUAAAAACGUGCCUUCAAACAAUUGUUUCCAGAUUUCGUGGUUAGCUGUCGGAUCAUUGGAUAUGUCACAGAGUCUCCUUAAUCUGUUGUGAGAUUUAGAGGGCUUUAAAAAGAGGAACUUCAUCCUAAAGUGCCUCACAAUAAGAUCUCAAGUAUAAUGGAUCAAGGCUGCACGUGCACUCUUCAAUAGUGCCUUCGUCUCACCUCUAAAGCCCUCUUUCACCCUGUCUGCUCUAUUUUGCGAAUUUAAGAUGCUGAAAAAGGUCAAUUAUGAGAUGCUGCUUUAAACUGAAACCAAUAUCGAUAUCUCAAAGUAUUGUGCUGCUUAAAUUCAGGUUGAUUACUUUAGCAGAACCCGCCAACGUACAUAAACUGCUUUUAAUCCUGUAUUAUUGCAAUUAAUCAGAAUAACUCCUCGAUGCAUUUUAAAAUAUGUCCAGGAUAUAUAUUUUUGUACAAUUUUCAUGCCUGCAGAUUUGCUACUAAAAAUAAAAAUAAUUAUUAAAUUAUGAGAAAUGUGUUUAAAAUGUUUUAACAGGUUGGUUUUGAAGCAGUUGUAUAACCAUUUAGUCUCAUGUAAUUGCUAUUUGAAACCCCACACUGCCAUGAUGCUCCUCCACAUGUGUUUUCAUUCAUGUUGGCUGAACCUCCUUCUGUUUUGUGCAUUUGAUGAAUAUGUUCCUCCCUCUCAGGUGCUUUGUGGCACCAUAUAGGCUGGGAAAACGUAAGCCCUCAUCAUACUCAUUCAUAAGUUGAGUUUGUUUGCUCCUCCAUGGCUUCCUCCUGAGCAGAGGUCUAAUCAGCCAGGUUGAUUGGAAACACCUGUGAGGAGCCGCUAACGAGGGGUCACCUGCAGCAGCUGCUACGAGUCAAGCUAAUUAGGACUCUAUAUAAGUGAUAUCUGGAUUAGAUGUUUUCAAAGCCAAUGUAAGCUCUAGUUGGAGAGAGUGGAUUUAAAUAUAAAGUCAUAUUUGUAGGUGAUUAGACCCUCAUGGAGCAUGACGAGAAACAUAUAAGUGAUCCACAAAACCCAAAGGAUUUUAAAACGGCCAAUCAAAAUCAUCUUCAAAACUACAGAACAGUAUUAGAGUAUUAGAGUAUUGUUUUUUACAGUACCAAAGCCAUGAGACAUAUUUGUUGUUGGAGGUGUUUUAGAGACAUACUGUUUCCUACCCUCUCUAGUAAAGUGGUUAUUCAUGUAUUUGACAUUUUACUCUCAUUCUAUCGCUAAAUGUGUACCUUCACUGCUUCUGUUAGGUUACUCAAAUCUCAUUGGAAACCAGCACCACAAACAGCUAGACACAUCAGAGUCUCUCUCUCUCUCUCUCUCUCUCUCUCUCUCUCUCUCUCUCUCUCUCUCUCUCUCUCUCUCUGUGUUCUCAUGAAUCUGACCACUAUAUUAUAACAAAAUGAAAAACUAAGAUCAGCUGUUUCCCAUUAUAGUUCUCUCUGAAAGGCGCACAUGCCACAUACGGAUCAAACAGUGUGGUGACUCUGUCCAGAGAUGUUUUUUUUAAAAAAAAAGAAAAUCUCAAAUAUGAUACUAUGCUUGUCAUGUAGUUGAGGUGGAUUUUCUCUCUGCAGAGGAUUUUUUUAAGGAUGAAAUAAAUCAGGUAGGACUUCACAAGAGUGUAUUUGAACAUCCAUGUGAAGUGAUAUAUUGAAAUCACCUGGUGAUUUAGUUACACAUGUGGUCUUUCUUAAGCAUGUAUUUUUGCACAUACAUUUUUAAACUCAAAUAGGAAUAUGUACAAAUAUAUGCAUAUGGAUACAUCAUGUAUGCCGAUUCUUUAUAAUACUCAUUGGUAUGAUAUCUUUGUCCUGAAAAGCUCAGAAUCAAACUCUAAGCCAGGCCUUUAGUCUCUUAUAUGCCAAUUUUAAAUCCCUUUUUCUCUCAUAAACCUGUGAAGUCCUUUGUUUCAACUUUAAAGAAAGUCUAGCCUACACCUAGCCUAUAUUCAGAUAACCUCUUUCUUGUUCAUCCCUCCAGUACAAUGCCCUCACGUUAGACAUGGUAAGUUAUUAUCAGUACAUCAGAACAGCAAAGAGUGAGCAUGCUGUCUAUCUAAAUGAUUUUCCUCACUAGCUAAAUAUUUCCCUCUGGCAUCUUCUUCUUGUUUUCCUAUUUGUUCUGGUUUGAAACAUCUGUUGACAAAGUCACACCACACAGCUGCGAGUGUGCUCUUUGAUGUAUAACUUUCUGUUGGAUGGGCUGGACAUUUUUCCAUAAUCAUUGCUUUGUUCUUCUGUGAAAACUGUUGUCCAAUCAGUUCCCUUCGUUUCACUAAUUUCACAUGUUAAAGUUGUAUUGUGUCAAAGCUGAUGGACUGCCACAGACUGUGUAUAUGUGCACUUACCACUAGCAUGUACAUGGAAUGACAUUAGUAUUGAAAUGAUCGUUACUGUUAGAUAAUUUAGUACGAAUACUUUGAACCAUAACAUAGCUCUAGCAACAUAUUGGUCAACCUAAAUACUGUAAAUUGUCUCAAGAUUCAAAAGUUUCUAAUUUAUUUAGUUUUUUUCAUAUAAUCGGGCAUUAUACUGCAUGAGUGGAAUUUGUGUUAUAGUAGUUAUGUAAGCUAUGUAGCAAAUACCAUGUUCAUGUCAUUGUAAAAUAUGUAUUUAUAUGUGCUGAUGGAAUAUACGAAAUGUUAUCGAUAAUCUUUGUAUCGACAAUCUUGUACAGACUCUUCUCAUUUAGGUUACAUUUUCGUUUUCUCUCAUUGUAAUCAGUGUAAAGGUGC